CCCGAAUUGAAAAUAAAGAGAUAACCAAGGGUUUCUUGAUUCAAGGCGGCUGUGUUAAUAUUAAUGGGUUCACAGUGAAUCAAAACGCCGGGCCUGAUUUACUGAACAAAUUUCCCUUUUGCAGAGAUGCAAUAUUCAACAGCUCGAAACCUGAGAAUGAACCAAUUUGUAUGGAAGGGACCCGGCAGGAAGUGCUGUCCGAGAUCUAUCAUUGGGCAGAUGGCGAGCAUGAACAGUCCGUUCUUUGGCUCAAUGGCUGGGCUAAGGUGGGAAAAUCAACCAUAGCCCGAACUGUUGCUAAAGAAUACUACAAAAGAGGACGUCUAGGGGGAAGUUUCUUCUUCGCAGAAGGCAAUAAGCAGCGGGAUAGCAUGAGGGGGUUUGUCGGCACUAUGGCACACCAGCUUGUCGAAUUCAACGAGAGUUACAGUCAUUUGCUGCGAAGCAUCCUCCAUCAAGAUUCUAUCCUACCCGAAUAUCCUCUGACCAAGCAGUGGGAUUGCUUGAUUUGGAAGCCCUUGGUGAAGAGUUAUGAAUCACAAGACAAGCCGCCCACUCUCUUGGUAAUAGAUGCACUGGAUGAAUGCAAAGAAGAUAUUACGAGUAUUCUUGAAAUUCUUUGCAAGACACACUCUAGAUAUCUUCGUUUGCUCAUCACAAGUCGACCAGCAACUCACGACCAAUUCUGUUACCAGAUCAAGGGGGAAUGUCAGAGUAUCAUCCUGCAUGAUAUUAAACAACAAUCAGUCAACAAUGAUCUUCUAAAUCUUUUCAGAAAAUCUCUUCCUGACUUGAUCUUUGACUCUUUUGACGCAGAAAUGCUAUUAAGCAAGCUUGUUAAGCGAGCAGGUGGUCUUUUCAUCGUGGCCAUAGCACUCACACGUUAUCUAAAAUGUGAGUCUUUGGUUGUACGAGACAGAGUACUUGCAAUCCUCACAGGAAACUUCAAGAGAGAACCACCUGAUAAUAUAUUGGACUCAGUUUAUUGUAAUGCUCUGGAAAAGUCAAUCCCAGAUAACCUUGAUGAAAACGAAAGGCAAGAUCACUGUGAUUCUAUCAAGCGUGUCUUGGGAGGCAUAGCGAUUAUGUUCACAGAGAUAUCUGUGAACUCAUUAUACAAUCUUUUGAACCAUGAUAAAGGGGUCUCAACACUUCACCGUGACUUUAUUCACAGAUCCUUGAAAAGGUUGAGUGCUAUUAUAAUAGUCCCCCAAAAAGCAAGUGACAAGAAACAGUCGUUUCGACUGCAUCACUCAGCCCUCAGCGACUUUCUCUUUGAUACAAGCAGAUGCAACAUCUACUUCUCGAUUGAUAAACAGAAAAUGCAUUUGACGAUACUUGAAUGUUGUAUUCGAGUCUUGAACGAACAGCUUGCCCAGUACCUGGAGUGUUUGAAGGUGCCCGCAAGAAGCCUGGGGGCCGCCAAUGGGAGAGUGGUUGAGCAGUUCCCAGCUGAUGAGAUUCAGUAUGCAUGCAUCUACUGGGUGAAGCAUCUAGAGGGCAGCAAUCUCCAGCUCUGUGAUAAUGACAUCAUACAUAAAUUUCUGCGAAGCCAUGUUCUUGACUGGCUAGAGGCACUGUGCCGUAUCACGAUGGUGGACAAUGUCUUGGAGGCAAUAUAUCUGUUAGGAAAGUCUACAAGGGUAGGCCGGAAGGUACACGAUUUCAUUGAGGAUAUUCGACGAUUCGCUCUCAAAAACCAGCAUAUUUUCAAGGAAGAUCCGUCACAGAUUCAUGAGAGUGCAAUAAUUUUUGCACCUCUGAGUAGCCCAUUACGACGUGAAUUCGGUAAAUCUGCGCUUAAACACAUCAAAUAUCUCCCAGAAACGCAAUAUGACUGGGAUUCUGAGAUAGUGGCUUUUGAGCAUGAUGUGCACAACAUCCACGAACUCAUAUGUACUAGACACGACGUCGUUGUCUCUAGGUCAGACAAUGGUGUAAUCAAGCUAUGGAACGCAGUGACCGGUCGAUUCCUUCAUGAUCUUGACGGGGUUUCAGUGGACGCGAUCAGCCUCUCCAACGAUGGAAGGUUGCUCGCCUGUUUAUCUAAGGGGGGUUUCAGCAUAUGGGAUACCAUGACGGGCGUGCGCUUGAGCACCUCUCAAACCAGCACCCAGUUAGCGGCUAUUGCUUUCACAGAAGAUAGCAACACUAUUCUCACAGUAUGCCAUGUAUCAACCAUACAGUACUGGAAUUUUAAUACUGGGCAAUGCACCCCUGUUCUGAACAGGCAUAUUGAUAGCGGAAAGUCGAUAAAAGUGUCAGCUGACGCUGCUACGAUUUUAUCAUGGGGCCAGGGCAAAGAAAUAACUGUCUUGAAGAUUCGAGAUUAUGAGUGCUAUCACCAGUUUUCCAUCACUGAUGAAGAAGCGAUUCAAACGGUCUCCAUAUCGAAUGACGGCAUCAGGCUUGCUUCUGCUGGCAAAGGCAUACGAGUGUGGGAUUUACCCACUAGGAAGUGUCGGUAUAAUAUUUUCGAACGCUUCAAUCCCGUAACCUCCUUGGGGAUGUCGCCAGAUGGACAAUUCCUGGCAGCUGGAUAUGAUAACGCAAGCAUUCGGAUCUGGAAUCUUGAUACAGGACAACCUUUGCAGGUCCUCAAAGGACACUACGGUCCGGUGGUAGCACUAUCAUUCUCUUUGGAAGACUUUGUUCUUGUUUCCGGGUCGUGGGAUUGCACUGUGCGAACUUGGAAAUUAGAGCAGGCCCAACCUGCUACAUUCAAUGCUACCAAUGAUCGUGGAAGGCAGAUCACAGCGCUUCAACUAUCGUCGGAUGAUUCUAUUCUCGCUACGGGAACUUUGGACGGGACAAUAUCGCUAUGGAAAACAGAGAGAGGGGAGCGCUAUGCAAAUUUUUGUGGUCAUAAUCAUGAAGUGAAAAGCUUCUAUUUCGUUGAGGAUAAUCUUACCCUCAUUUCAACCUCGGCGGAUCGCACGAUACGGCUGUGGAGUGUUGCGACAGGUGAGAGCCUAAAGAACCUUACUGGGCACACCUCUCCAAUAAAUACCAGUCAAAUAUCCGAGGACGGUAACCUAUUGGCCACAGCUUCGCUCGACCAUGCGAUUAUGUUGUGGGAUCUAAAGAAACGAGCUUGUCGGCACAGUCUUACUGGCCACGGCGGCAGAAUUCAACAAAUGGCAUUCUCUACGGACGGCAUGGUUUUAGCGUCUGCACCGGCAGAUGGUAGCAUACGCCUUUGGAGGACGACAGAUGGAGCCUCUAUGGGUCCACUUAUAGGGAAUGGCGCCCAGAUCAAUGGAAUAACAUUCCGUGCACAUACCAUGAUUCUGGCAUCGUGCGCAGCAGACGGUACAGUACGACUGUGGGAUGUUCUAAGAAAAGAAUGUAUCCGCAGCCUUGAGGGUGGUGAUCCUCAAAUGUGUGUUGCAGUUUCUAGUGAUCGGGGAUUUAUUGCAUCAGCCGCAAUGGGAGUUGUUAGGAUUUGGCAUCCGUCCCAGGAAACGCCGUUAGAAAGAUUUGUUCCUAUUCCGUUGAACAACAUAGCCUUGUCGGAAGAUGGACAGUACUUGACAUGUGACAGAGGGACCAUCGACCUCGGUAUCCAAACAUCUGAUACACGACCAUCGUCGCAUAAUCCGAAGUUAGGCCUCUACAUUGGAGACGACUGCAUUGUCAAUAGUCACGCAAGACUCCUCUGCAUCUCACGGCGUUAUCAAUACAUAGAAAAAUCGGCAUGUCGGCAGAACAUCGUAGCGCUGGGCUACAAGUCUGGAGAGGUCAUGAUACUUUACACAGUAUAGACGGUGGCAGGGACUGGGGAGGAUGUACUUUGACCCAAGGAUGCAAUGUUCCUCAGCCGCUGAUUGAGAUGCUCGACUGGAAAGCCCCCAUUCCAAGGGGUAUAAGAAGAAUGUGGCAAAUCAUUACUACGCUAAAAAGGCAUCUUGACAACAUCUGAGGUAACAUUGAGGGAAUUUUUCGUGAUCUUGAUUUUCAACAAAGAAUGAUCUGUCAAUUUAUCAGCAAAAUGAUUUCUCCUUCAGGUUCCCCGAAGAAUGUAAAUUGGUUCGAACAAAGGAAUGCGGGGAGAAAGACGUAAAGCUGAAGGCUAUGGGAUGGAUGCCCCAAAGAAAAAAGACAGGGAUACGUGACUUUCAUGUCUGACUGCGUAGACUGGAAUGAGGCUCAUUUGCCGUCGCUAUAAGAUUGCAUGCUGUAUGGCACAAACCCUUAUCAGGGAGGUUAAA